UUGCUUUGACCGUUCAUCACCGUCUCAUGUAGCCAUUUCUAGUUAGCAGCAUUGUAGAAUAGCAUAACAGACAUUACCAACCUCAACACCUCUACUAUGGCACAAGCUAUUGCUUUUGACGCGAACAAUUCUCAGAUCCAAGUGGAACACGACAAAAAGCGUCGGCAGUUUGUUAUAAGGCUAAAUGGCUCACAUGACCGCGCAGUCCUUCUGUAUGAAUAUGUUGGGAAAAAGACUGUGGACUUGCAACAUACAGAAGUUCCAGAUGCUUACAGAGGGAGAGGAAUUGCAAAACACCUGGCCAAGGCAGCCAUGGAUUUUGUGGUGGAAGAGGACCUGAAAGCUCACUUGACCUGCUGGUACAUUCAGAAAUAUGUCAAAGAGAAUCCCCAGCCUCAGUACUUUGAACAUAUCUGUCAAUGACCCUACGUGGCACCAAAAAAGACUGAAAAAAGAGACUCUCAGGAGAGAAAUACUAUGUGACCGCAUGCUUUGGAGUUAUUGGACAAAAUACAAAAAAGGACCUUCCAAGCAUUGUUAAAAGUGACAUCACGUGAAUCCAGAGACAAAUGAUCUCCCACUACAAUGGAAACUGACUGUCAGAUCAAUGGAUUAUUUACUUCCAUACCAUGGAGGGAUACACUCUGAAUGCCUGCUGGAGUCAAAUGGUCUCGACUAGUAAAGGUGAAGCAGCUGACAGGUGGUAACUAAAACCUCCAGAGUAUACUUUAAACACUGACUUGAGGUAAAGGUUAGGCUUGUAAUAAAAACCGAUGCAAGUUAAAUCUUACAAUGUGUUGCAACUUUUUCCCACCCUUGGACUCUGGAGAGCUACAAGAUGACCAAUCUUGGUGUUUUUCUCUGUGGUGGUUUGAAAGAAAAGUAAUGAUGGCGCCACUUACUCUCAGAUGAUAUUGACUUUUAUAUUAUGACCUCUUUUUUUAAUUUUUUUUGUUUGUCUUUUGUUUUUUUUUUUACUUUUUCCAAAUAUUACCCCACACAACUCUAUUUGUAGCUGUUGUCUCUUACUGGUGAAAUGUUAGUGAAGAAAGUAGCGUAAGAGAUAAACACAGCCAUUUAAUUUACAUAUUUUCUACAUAAUUCCCAAGAUCCAAAAGCAUAAAUUUAGUUAAAAAUAAAAGUUCAGAACUGACUGAUUGAUCUAAAGUGUGAGUGAAAAGGCAUGUGUUGUUAGCUAGAGUGCAAACUGAAGAUGUCUUACCUGACAUGGAAGUAGGAUCUCCAUUGAUCAUUACUCGUGAUAAUUAGGAUCCGAUGUCUGUUACUGUGCAGUUUAAGGUGGAUCAUAAUAAAAGAAAAAACAAAGCUCUACUUAAAGCAGCAACAACAAAGCACUCUUGAUAAUCAGGGCAUUUACAUGAUGGUAUGGAGAUCUUUAUUAUUCAUGGGGGGAAAUAACAAUAGCUGAAACUUUUCUUUAUAUGUUGACAGGUAACAAUCCAUAAAGCUUUUUUACCCAGGUGAUAUCAAAAUUUUAAAGUUUACUAUGUGAGGAACAGUUUACUGGAAAGUUUUAAAAAAAAAAACUUGUCUGAGGUUUUGCUGUUGACAAUCUUGAGUGUUGAGGAUAAAAAUGUCUCAGGACAUUCAACACACUUUGGCACGACAGUGCAAACUAUCUGUUUUGAUCUCAUCUGUAACUGCAAUAAUUCUAAAGUUUUUUUUCCUUUUGGUUGGCAUGUCCAUCAAAAUGGGCCAGUGUGUUUUAUAUAUAUUUUGUUUGUUUUGUUUUUGCCUGUACUUGUCUGUUUCAUUGAAAGGAAAGAAUGCCUGAUACAAGUUUUAAACAGGUGAUUCUAACAAAUGUUUCAGUGUUUUUUGAUUCUUGUUACUGUUUUAUACUGUUUUUUUCUGUAAUUGUUUUAAAUAAAUCUAAUACUCUUUA